GGCGGGGCCAAACUACAGUUUACAGUUCAUUCAUUGCAAACAACACAACACAACAGGGCUAGCUGCAAAUCAUGGCAGUGAAGAAAGGAAAAGACACCACUACAGAGGACAUAUACCAUGCUUGUAGGAUAGGGGAUGACCUCUUUAUAAAGGAAUGGGUCCUCAAUCCUGAGAAUGACAUCAACACAUCUGAUCAACAUGGCUUCACUCCUCUACAUUAUGCCUGCUCUCAUGGCCUCACUAAUAUUGUUGAUUACCUCCUCACUCAUGGGGCCAGGAAUGACAUCCUUAACAUGGGAGGAGACUCUAUACUUCACUUGGCAGUUGCUCAUGGAAAAUACGAUGUGGUUUUAAGAUUGAUGAAGACUGCUCCUGAUCCUAAUAUCUGCAAUGAGCAUGGGAACACUCCAUUACAUUAUGCAGCAUUCUGGAACUACAUAGGAAUAUGUGAGGUACUAGUCAAACAAGGUGCAGUGAUUGCUAUAGCUAAUAAGCAAGGUGACACUGCCUACUCUAAGGCCAGACCAACACUUAAGCGUAAGCUGCAAGGUUUGGCUGAUGAGUUUGGUCAAAGUCUUGUUACUAUACCACAUAGAAAGUCUCUUUCAACAAAGACAAAGAAAGAUUUUCUUGAGUUCCGACAGAGACAAAUGGAGAUUGAGCAACGUCAGGUGACAAUGUCACUCAAAAUAGAAGAGGAUCAGUUUGGGGAGGUAUGGAAAGGCUCAUGGAGCGGUCACACUGUUCAUGUGAAGAAGCUCUUUGCUAAACACGAUGUCUUCUCCUCUCAAACAGUACAAGAAACCUUUCCAAGGGAAUAUCCUAAACUAAGGAUCCUGACCAAUGAGAACAUAUCCCCAUUGCUUGCUGUUAUACUAGAGCCACAGAUUCACCUCAUCACAAUGCACUAUCCACUAGGAACACUCUAUCACAUCCUUCACGAUAUGGACUCAGAGGUCCGUAUCAAUAUACAAGAAGGAGUAAAACUAGCAAAGGACAUAUGUCAUGGAAUGAGACACAUUCACUCCUUAGAGCCAAUCGUCAAUAGGUUCCACCUCAAUCCUUAUAACAUAGUUGUUGACAAUGAUCUCACAGCUAAAAUUGAUUUAUCUCGCUAUCGAUUCUCUUUCAUGGACUCCAACCACAUGUAUCAUCCUCAGUGGUGUGCACCAGAACUUCUCCAGAAGCGUCCUGAUGAAGUGGACAAGAGAGCUGCUGACAUGUAUAGCUUUGCUGUUAUACUGUGGGAGAUUGCCACUGGAAAGAUACCAUAUGCUGGUCUCUCGCCAAUGAUGGCUGGCUUCAAGAUAGCGAAGGAGAAUGCCCGGCCAGUAGUUCCACAGUUUGUCAACUCGCACAUUCAAAGAAUCAUUGAUAUCUGCUGGAAUGCUGAUCCUGGAAAGAGACCGAAAUUCGACCGAAUUGAGCCAAUCAUGGAGAAAUUAAACGUAUCAUAAAACUGAACACAAGAGAGCUGAUUGCUCUUGCUAAUUGUCAUAAUGUUUAGUGCUCUUUACUUAUUAUACUGAUAUAGAGGUAUGCUACUACCUGUAGUGUAGCUACUAGCAUUAAGAAUCUUCAAUAUGGCUCUUUUACUUCUUAACAAUUAUUACUAGAAUAACAUUUCAAAAUUUAUUUUUUGUCCUUCUUAAUUAUUUUUGAUGAUGAUGAUGAUGAAAUUGAAA